CGAGCCGGUUUCGUUUUCAAAUCGAGUUGGACGCUGAUCUGCCAUGGGGUAUUUCUUGGGACUGUUGUUGUUUGUGCUUGUGGCGGCUAAGUGUAGCGAAGGCAAAGGUGUGUGCGAUCAGUCCCCUUUUAAAUGGUGCCGCUCACAGGAAACCGUCUCCGCCUGCCAGGCUGAGCAAUGGUGCCGAGCUUCAAAUGACACUGAACCGCCGGCAGCAAUGGUGGACGUGAGCCUGUACUACGAGAGCCUGUGCCCGGGGUGCAGGGCCUUCCUGGUCUUUCAGCUGUUCCCCACUUGGCUGCUGCUCUCCGAAAUUAUGAACGUAACUCUGGUUCCUUAUGGGAAUGCAAAGGAGCAAUUUGAUGGUAAACAGUGGCAGUUCACAUGUCAGCAUGGAGAACAGGAGUGUCUGGGAAACCUAAUUGAGACAUGUCUCAUGAACGUACUGCUUCAACCCUCCGAGUAUAUUCCCGUUAUCUUUUGCAUGGAAUCAUCUGAAGAUGUUGUCAACAAUGCAGAAGCGUGUCUGAAGCUGUACCAGCCUGAUGUCCAGUGGGAUACCAUAAUGAACUGCGUGAAGGGUGACCAGGGUAACAAGCUGAUGCAUGCUAAUGCGCUGAUGACUGAUGCCCUCAAACCACCACAUGAAUAUGUGCCCUGGGUAACGAUCAAUGGGGAGCACACAGAGGAGUUACAACAGGAAGCCAUGAAUUCACUUCAUACUUUGGUCUGCAAAACCUAUAAGGGGCCAAAGCCAGCCGAGUGUGGAGGAUCCGCAGUCCAUCACAAAAAUUACUGUCUUAGUUGAAGUUCCUUUCCAAGAUGUAUUAAUUAACAGAAAGCUCCACCAUUUAACACCACCUUGUUUAAUGAAUCAUAAAGACAAUGGUCAUUUUUUUAAAUGAAUUCUGCUCUGCAACUGGACACUACUAAGAGUUUAGGACAAAACCAUCGCCACUUGCCUGUGGCAUCAAAUUAAUUGAUAAACCUUUCAGGUGUUUACUUUUGCCAACUGUAAUGAAUUUACCAAUGACAAUAAAUUCUGCCUAUGAUUUUUUUUAA